CACUUUCAUUAUUCCCGCAAAGGAAAUAUCAAUCCAGUUGAUAAAGGCAUCUCAUUUUCCCAGGGGGCUUUCGUCAGUUUUGUUGCUUACUUGAAAACUUGAAAGCAUUGCACAGGUAGGCCUUUGGCCUUCCUCUCUCUCCUUUUAUCUUCGCCAUUUUCACAAUUUUCUUCAAGCUUCAAUCUUUUUCUUCUGGGUAUCAUAGUAGUUAAGUAGCAUUUGAGAAUGGAGAGCGGAUCCGAGACCCAGAUGGAUUUGAACAACAACACUUCUCAUCAGAAUGAUCACUCUAUCAUGGAGAUGGGAUCUGGGAGUUUCGGGUGCGCCCAUUAUAGACGGAGGUGCAAGAUCAGAGCACCUUGCUGUGAUGAGAUAUUCGAUUGCAGGCAUUGCCAUAACGAAUCCAAGAAUACAUUGGAAGUUGAUCCUCUUGAUCGCCAUGACGUUCCUCGCCAUGAUGUGAAAAGGGUCAUCUGCUCCCUGUGCAACACAGAACAAGAUGUUCAACAGCACUGUAUCCAAUGCGGCGUUUGCAUGGGGAACUAUUUUUGCUCCAAAUGCAAGUUCUUUGAUGAUGAUGUUUCGAAAAAACAGUACCAUUGUGAUGAAUGCGGUAUCUGCAGAACCGGAGGCGAGCAGAAUUUUUUCCACUGUAACAAAUGUGAAUGUUGUUACUCAAAAGUGUUGAAGGAUUCACACAAUUGUGUGGAGAAAGCAAUGCAUCAUAAUUGCCCUGUGUGCUUUGAGUUUCUUUUCGACACAAGGGCAGACAUUACUGUCUUGCUAUGUGGACACACUAUACAUUUGGAAUGUGUAAAAGAGAUGGAGCGACAUUGCCAGUAUUCAUGCCCGGUUUGCUCAAAAUCAUAUCGCGAUAUGUCCCGUGUGUGGGAAAAACUUGAUCAGGAGAUUGCUGCAACUCCCAUGCCUGAAAUGUAUCAAAAUAAGAUGGUUUGGAUCCUCUGCAAUGAUUGUGGGCAAACAUCAGAGGUAAAUUUCCACAUUGUAGCACACAAGUGCCUGAAAUGCAACUCCUACAAUACAAGGCAAACACAAGGAGGGCCAGCCUCAUGCUCAUCAAGGAUUACAGAUAUGGUGAGAUGAAUGACUUCAAUACAUCAAAAUUUGUGAUGUAUUACUUCCGAAAUUGUAUUACAAAAGGAAGCUUUAGUUGUGGCAAAGGAGGGAAAAUUAGUAGUGCCAGUCCCUUUACUAGUUUCUUUGUAGGUUUAAUUGUGCAAAACAUUGGCUCAUAUUUGAGCCAAUUUCUAUAUGCCAGUGGGUAGGGUCAGCAGGAUGUAUUUGAAAGUACGGGAAAACAUUGUAUGAAGCUUCAUCAAUGGAAAAUGUUUCAACAUAUGACAAAGA